AUGUGGGGGAGGAGUGCCGCGGCAUCCCGCGGCAGAGAGCCGUAUGUUUGGGUAAAACUCAUGCUGGAUGGGUCCCCAGACGUGGCCACACAACGCCAUAAUCUGAGAGACCUCCUCGGCGGCACAGUGGAACUAAACGACAUUGGCACCGGAAAAAUCAUCAGUGACUUUCUUCGAGACUUGCGGGACAGGCUGUGGAUGGACCUCAGAGAGCGUGGACCACAAAUCCACUGGUGUUUCACCGAACCAGAUUGCUGGUCAGACCGCGGCCGUCUGGAAUUUCGGUCGGCAGUUGAGAACGUUGGAUGGUUUGGGAACAACCAUCGCAUUACCUAUGCCUCUGAAGCUGUAGCUGCGGCUGUAUGGGCUGCUGAUGAGUACAGGAACGGAAAUGACAUGCAGGAUGGUGACAUACUUCUUGUGUGCGACUGCGGCGGCUCCACAAUCGACACUGCCGUUUUACAAGUAAAUGGCAACAAUGGAGAUCGUCCUUUCACCUUCCAACUCCUGGGAGAUCCUACAAGCAUUCGAUGUGGUGGAUUUGAUGUGGACUUGGAACUGGUGAAGCAACUUCGGACUGCCCACCCGGACCUACCUCACGACUCCAGACAGUGGGUAAGCGCUGCUCAGGCUCGGCAGUGUAUCAGCUCUGUGAAAGACUUAUUCUCAGGCAGGACCGGGACUGAGGUGCACGCAAUUCGGAUUGAGCUGCAGGGAAACCGCAAAGUAGAGUAUCGUUUCGACCACAAUGCCCUGGUCCUUGCCUUCAGGCCGGUUGUGCAAGCCAUACUUCGGCAGAUACAUGCACGAAUCACCGCCCCAUUAAAUGCCAGAAUUACGAAGGUGAUCCUGGCAGGUGGGCUGGGCAAGUCGGCAUACUUACGCCGUGAGGUCGAACAGGAUCUUGCACGCGCUUACCCGAAUUCCGGACCCAAGUUGCUGGGGGAACUGCAACACAGUGUGCGGGCAGUUUCACGCGGUGCGGCACUGUGUGCGGCCAGGUUGCAUGGAGUACAGAGCUUCCAAAGCAACACCACCAUCCAAUUGGUAGUCCCUUCUGUUGCACGGGUUGGAAAUGAGCUGCGAGAACAAUCCGAUGCUUUUGUAGUUAUCCGACCAGGCCUCACUGGAAUGCAGGGGGGGUUCUCGGUCCGUAUGCGGUUCUUGGUCACUGCGCCAGAGCAAUACGUGAGUGUUUGUAGCCUACGGCAAGCACAAACACACCGCCUUGCCUUGCAUAGGAUCGUUGAUCCUGCUCGUGACUCGGUGAUGAAUUUCAAGUCUGGUCAACAGGGCGGUCACGAGUAUCUGUUCCGGGUGUACUGGAGCAUCCAGCUGGGGACUUCCUUGUUCAUGCACUGGAGAAUCUGUCUUGAUGACCCACACAAUCCGAACGGGCCUAACCCACCGGUGGUAGUGGUACACAUGCUGCACCGGAUUCCUCCACAAGACCUACAGCCCUUCCCGGCGGUUUGA